UCUUUGGUAACACUGACUUGCGAUCUUGAUCUUCAUUUUGACGUUUUUUUGUUUUUCUCUCGAAAAAAACUAUCAAUUUUCUCACAUUCUUAUCUAGGUACUUCUGCGUAAUAUUUAAAUAUGAAUAAUAUGUUCCGACCUCUAAGAUCCGUUAUCGCUACUUACAAGUUUGCUAAAGGGAUCCCCAGCGUUGCUCGCAUGAGUGACAAGCCAGUGGAUGUUGAUUACUCUUAUAUUGAGAUUCCUCGCUACGAUGUUGAUAAACCACAAUCAUUGGAGAAGCGCAAAGCAAGGCUCCUGUAUCAGUCCCGCAAGAGAGGAAUGUUGGAGAAUGAUCUUCUUUUGAGUACUUUUGCUAAGAAACAUCUGGACUCCUUGACUGAAGAGCAGACAAUUAUGUAUGAUCGCCUCAUUAAUACCGUGAGCAAUGACUGGGAUCUAUUCUACUGGAUGGUUGAGAAGCAGCCCACACCAAAGGAAUAUGACAACGAAAUCAUGGACAUGCUGAAGAAACAUGCUAAAAAUGAAGACAGAGUUGCUCUCAAGCAACCCAAUCUAUAUUGAAAAAUUUUCUGGCAAGAUAAUGUUAGCUGAAUCUUUAUUAAUUUUAUGUUUUUAGACAGUAUUUCAAAUGCAGUUAAAUUAUUUAUUAAUAUGUACUUAAAUUACUUUGUUGAGUAGUGAAUAAUAACGCUGAUAAUAACAAA